UGCUGCAACACCUUGAAGCAGUCUCCACACACACUCUCCACUGAAUUACAAACUUACCUGGAUCAUAUUAUAUUGAUAUUUUGUAUCAUCAGGUAUCAUGUCUAUCGUGGUGUAUUUCAGCAGCGUGAGUGGAUCCAGAGAGCUAAAGCAACAGCAGAGCCAGAUCUUCUCCUUCCUGGACUCUAAGAAGAUCAAGUACCAGGCGGUGGACAUCACCCAGGGGUCAGAGAUCAAAGAGGAGAUGAGGAAGAAGACAGGAAACCCUGCCGCUCUGCCACCACAGGUCUUCAACAAGGACGUCUACUGCGGGGACUUCUCUGUGUUUUAUGAGGCGGUGGAGACUGGAAAAGCAGAGGCCUUCUUUAAGCUGUAACAGACAGAGGAAGAUCACCUGCCAGAAGACUCUCCCCUCCACUUCAGAAAGUAUUCACACCCCAUGACUUAUUCCCCAUUGUGUUGUGUUACAGCAUGAAUUCAAAAUGGAUUGAAAAUGUUUGCAAAUGUAUUGAAAAUGAAAUACAGAAAUAUCUCACUUACAUAGGUAUUCACACCCCUGAGUCAAUACAUGUUAGAAUCACCUUAGGCAGCGAGUACAGCUCUGAGUCUCCCUGGAUGUCUCGUAAGAACUUUGAGUCUCCCUGGAUGUCUCUAAGAGCUUGGAGUCUCCCUGGAUGUCUCUAAGAGCUUGGAGUCUCCCUGGAUGUCUCUAAGAGCUUUGAGUCUCCCUGGAUGUCUCUAAGAGCUUUGAGUCUCCCUGGAUGUCUCUAAGAGCUUUGAGUCUCCCUGGAUGUCUCUAAGAGCUUUGAGUCUCCCUGGAUGUCUCUAAGAGCUUUGAGUCUCCCUGGAUGUCUCUAAGAGCUUUGAGUCUCCCUGGAUGUCUCUAAGAGCUUGGAGUCUCCCUGGAUGUCUCUAAGAGCUUGGAGUCUCCCUGGAUGUCUCUAAGAGCUUUGAGUC